GGUAGCUGAGGGCAUCAAAACCUAAAGCUCCUCCCAGAGAAGGAUGCGUCCAUAAGGGCAGCACUGCUUUAGAGUAGAUCCCUCACUACAGUCCAUUUCAGAGCACUUCGUACGCUGAGCUGUUUCUCAAGAUGACUGUUGCGAGAAUCGCCGCCAUGCAGUUGUUCAUUCUCUCCGCUCUGCUCUUCCUGGGAAACAGUGUGGUGUCAGGGGAGUCUGAAGUGGUCGAACAUGCUUUGACGCAUGAAGCCUCUCUGGACCACUCCGGAGAUGAGGACCUUGUUCUGCUUAACGCCUCCAAAAAGCCCACCCUCCAGCCCAAACCGAGCCCGCCGCUGGUGGAAACGUACGAACUGAAGAACCGGCAGGGCCGCGUGUGUGUGAGGGCGUCUAUGGGAGUGGAGUUCACUGUGAUAGAGAACAAGAAGAGCUUGUUCUUCAACAUGGACCCUAAAUCCACAAAGAGGACCGGUUACUGUGGAGACCAGAGGACUGUACUCUCUCUCGUUUUUGAUGGAGGAAAUCUGGAGUUCACUUUCAUCAAGGAAGGCAGUCUGUCCUAUGUUAGCAAACUGAGGGCAACCCUGCAGCCACAGCCUCCGUGCAACAAUUGCAAAAGCAAAACCUAUCCUGGAAUUAUGGACCACGAGAAGCUUUUCAAAACCAACACUGGCAAGAGCUUCAUGUGCAAGUCUGACACAUCCCUCAUUCUGGCUGACAGCCUGAGACUGAAGCUCGUCUCUUUGCAGAUUCAAGCGUUUGACCUGCCCAAUGGAGCAUUUGGAAAAGAAGUGGAGUGCUGGGCGGAUUACACCAAGCGGAUCAUCCCCAUCGUGCUGGGUGCUGUUGUGGUGGGAAUCAUCCUCAUCGCUGUGCUGGUUUAUGUGCUGACCCGUGAACGCCGUGGACAAGGCUACGAACGACUCUGAGAACAAUGAUGUGAAUCAUGUAACACUGUUUAGCAUGGCACUGUAGAUAGACAGCUUACG